CGGCUUCACAAAUAGUUGCCGGCGUCAGUGACAUGGCAAGUUUGACUCACUUAGUCCUCAAUACACUUGUUUCGUCGGUGUCACCUGUCGAGGAAAUCAUAAUUGUGAUAGAAGAUGUCUCUAGACUCUGAAGUUCGUAAGAGAUCCGACAUGAUGGAAGAAACUGGCCCAGAUCCAGAUCCUGUUAUAACAUCGUCAGGAAGUACGAUGAAAACCACAACUACAACUUGCAAGAACAAUCGUAAAUGGCUACUUUUGAACACACAUUUGAACGCUGCUAUUUAUUCUUCCUGUUUCUGGGUUCAGAUUGGAGUUUUACCGUAUUUAUCCAAGAAGCUUGGAGCUGACCCAGUAGUCUUUGGCUACCUUCAGACCACAUUUGCUGUGGUGCAGUUGUGUGGUGGACCAAUAUUUGGAAGAUUUGGAGAUAUUUUUGGAAGCAGAGCUGCCCUGGUUUUGUCUUUUAUGGCAGCAGCCAUGAGCUACACAAUUCUUGGUUUGGCAUCAACUGUAAGCAUGCUGUUUCUGUCAAGACUCCCUUCCAUUUUCAUGCAUGCAAUGCAAGCUGAGGCUUUUGGCCAUAUCGUGUACAGUUUUACACGAGGUGUAACAGAGUAUUACAACCCAGAGGAACCUGAGAUAACGGCGCGGGUUUUUGAUCCUUUACUGAACAAUGGACGCGAGUGGUUUCACCAUCCUGUCGACGAGGUCAUUUAUCAACAAUACAGCUACAGAAAGGCCACGGCUCAGGACUAUCUACCUUCCAGCGCUGUCCGUGCGAGGCUUAUCGACGCCUCUUCCGUAGAGCACCCAGAAGUACCAGACAGUCAAAUAGAGGGAGAUGAAGCAAUGGCUUGGAAGCGACUCAGACCAUCCGUUCUCCUCUCAGCUUGUCAAUCAAUGUACAUUGGCUCUCUGAUUUCAUUUUUAACGUCUACCUUUUUUGCUGCAACAUUUUCAUUCAUUAGCAUAAUUAUCUCACUACUUUUCAUCCCAAGAAAUACGAAAGCAUUAUCACCACAGGAGAAAUCUGCUGAAAAGCUUGAAGCAAAUAACAAGGAACAACCUGCAAGUGUUUUUAGUGUCAAGAAGAUCCUAGAACUUUUGCAUAUACCAACUGUGUUAUAUUUAAUUACCAUCAAAAUCAUCACAGGAAUCCCAUUUGGAAUUUUCCAGUCUAUGUUCUCAUUAGUGUCCAUGGAAUUUUUCAAGUUGGAGCCUCAGCAGAAUGGCUUUGUCAUGUCAUAUGUUGGGGUACUUUCAAUAGUUGCUCAAGGACUUAUUGUAGGUGUCUUGUCAAGAAGAUUUAGUGAGCCUUUUCUAUUGAGAGGAGCCAUUUGUGUGAUAGCAUCAGCAUAUGGGCUUUUGUACAUGGUGACAGACAUUUAUCAGUUUUGCAUUGUGAUUAUCCCAAUGGUAGUUGGUGGAACGACACUGAAUGUCAUCACAACAUCAGCCAUGACAAAAAGUGUGACAGUCACUAAAACAGGUGCUGUGCUAGGUCUCUCCAUGGCAACCAACUCCCUUAUACGAACUGUCUCCCCAACCAUGGGAAGUAUCAUGUACAAGAACUAUGGUUGGCCCUCAAUUGGUCUCUUGGGACUUGUGGUGAAUGCUGCAGUUGCCUUGUUUUUAUUUUACCAUGGAAAAGACUCAUUUUAGUCACAAAGCUUUAGAUACACUCAGUUAUUGGUGGAUCUCGAGUUGAGGUAUUUUCAUGCAUGCAAACAUUUUUACUGCAACACUGAUGUGUAGUAUCAUAAUUUAACUCUUGAGAGUACAAGACAAAAUCUGCCAGAGUUUUCUAUGAAAAUUGAAGAUGUCAAAAAAGUUUUCUGUGGUGAAUUUAGAUCAGUCCAUGAUCAUAACUUGUUUUGAAACCAGUUUCCCAUUUUUCUGUACUUUGUAGAUGACCCUUGUGUUUUCUCACCUUUAAACUACAAUACGCAAAUAACUCUUCACACUUAUGUCUGUGGCUGCUAGAGUUUGAGGCAUACAUGCCUACAUUUUAAUGUGCUCCAGGGAGAAUAAGAUAUUUACAAAUUAUUCCUCUUGUUCACAUAUAGCUUUAUCAGUCAAUAAUUACUUCAUUACUUACAAAAUAUAUUAGCUAUCACCAGUAGAACCUCAACAUAGAUUCCCUUAUCAUCCUUGUGCGGUAUUCUACCAGCCACACUGGUUCAAUAUGGGAUCUAUAUUAUUCCUUUUUUUAUUGACAUCAUGUGAACAUUAUUAAACUACAUAAGGCUACAUGAAAUUUCAUUGGCACCAUAGGAACACUAACAUUAUUUUUCACUGUCACAGAUGUUAUGAAUUGGUGAAACUCAGCAGUGCAGACAAAAAUAGAUUAACCAUUGAAGAGGUUAAGUUCUUGUGUCUGGGCAUCCCAUUAAAUUAAUUUGACUUUUCAUUCAUAGGGAAUGACCAUUUGAAAAUAAUUUUCAGAAAUUUUCUGCAGACGAAUACCAAAUGAAAUUGAAUUAAUUCUAAACAUCCAAAAAAAAAAAAAAGGGGAUUGUGUCAGUUUAAGCUGUAUAUUAGUAGCAAUACGUAUCUGUUAAAAUGUUUCCUAUGAUCAAGACUAAAUUAUUAAAAAUAAGUUCCUAGUUGCUAAAUGUUAAAAUUCUACUUCUACUUUAAAAAUAAUUGAGUUGUAAAGUUCACCAGUUUGGUGUGUC